CAGUUUUUUUUAUUUAUUUUUAAGUCGACUACGUUGCCAUAUCAAGAGAUAAAAGCAUAAGUUAUCGAUUGUCAUCAGAAGAAAAGUCCGUCGCUAAUGUUCCGAUUGUUACCGCGUUUUCGAACACUAUCUAUAAUGUCUGGAGGUACCCCACCAAAACGCUCUCCCCUUUGGAUCGGCACCCACAGCGGGACUUUUCACUGCGAUGAGGUGGUCGCAUGUUUUAUGCUCAAGCAAUUGGAGGAGUAUGAAAACGCAGAGAUAUUCCGCAGUCGGGACGACAAAGCAUUGCAGGAAAAGUGCGACAUAAUAGUGGACGUUGGCGGCGUUUAUGAUCAUGCCAAGAAGUUGUACGAUCACCACCAACGAACUUUCAAGGAAACUUUUAGUUCACUUCGCCCAGAAGUAAGCGAAGACUUCAACGUUAUCAGGCUAAGCAGUGCUGGACUGGUUUACAGUCACUAUGGGGAGCGUGUCAUCCAGAGCAUUUUGCAGCGCGAAAAGGGAAUUAAACUCUCACCGGAGAAUCUGCAACUGGCCUUCAUUCAGAUUUAUAGGAACUUUAUCAGCGAACUGGACGCAAUUGAUAAUGGAGUAUCCAUGUUCGAGGGCGCCGAGCCUAUAUACAAGAUUUCCACCCAUCUAUCCGCGCGCAUUGGCAAGCUAAAUCCCUCCUGGCAGGAAACUGGCGUGGACAUCGAAGACCGAUUCAGACAGGCAAUGGAUACUGCCGGUCGUGAGUUGGUGGACAACGUUGUGGAGGUGUGCUGCUCCUGGAUUGCAGCCCGUGAUCACGUACGAGAGGCGCUGAACAAUGCCAAAAGCGUCCAUCCAACCGGCGAGAUUCUUGUGCUAAAGAAUUUCUGCCCCUGGAAGUCUCAUCUGGCAGAUCUGGAAAAAGAGUACAAAGUGGAGGGUGUGCCCAAGCUGAUCGUCUUCAACGACGGCAGCAGUUGGCGAGUGGCCGGAGUUCCAGUGACGCCUGGCAGCUUUCAGGGUCGCAAAUUCCUGCCUACCCCUUGGCGGGGAUUGAGGGACGAUGAACUAAGCCAAAAGGCGGGCAUCAAAGAUCUCAUAUUUGUCCAUCACAGCGGCUUCAUUGGCGGGGCAAAGACCGAGGAUGCUGCCAUGUUGUUGGCCAAGAAGUCCGUCGAGUGGACAGAAGAGCAAUAAUUUAAUACAACUUAAUGUGAAAUAACAAUUUUAAAAUAGAA